AUGCCGGCGACCGGGUUUCAGGUAUCUUCCGAAAACGGGGCUUUAAAGCAACGAUUUGGGGCCGAUAUAGCGAAAAAUGCAACUCCGAAGUUGGAACCAGAAGAUGAAACGAAAGUGACAAUUGACGCGGGAAAUACGCCUUUGAAGAGUUUGGAACAAGUGGUAAUGCCCGUGGUGUUCACCUUGCUCGGGUUCGCAACCCGGAUGUACAGGAUCGGAGUCAAUAACCAUGUUGUUUGGGACGAGGCCCAUUUCGGGAAAUUCGGAUCUUACUAUUUAAGACACGAAUUCUACCACGAUGUGCAUCCACCUCUGGGAAAAAUGCUGGUGGGACUGUCUGGCUUUUUGGCCGGCUACAAUGGGUCCUGGGACUUCCCCUCGGGCGAAGAGUACCCGGAUUACUUGGACUAUGUUAAGAUGAGAAUUUUCAAUGCUACGUUUUCCGCGUUAUGUGUCCCGGUGGCGUACUUCACGGCGAAAGAAAUCGGGUUCUCGCUACCCACUGUUUGGCUAUUUACAAUUUUGGUUAUUUUCGAGAACUCUUACGCUACAUUGGGCAGAUUUAUCCUUUUGGACUCAAUGCUACUGUUUUUCACGGUCACUUCUGUUUACUGUUUUGUCGUGUUCCACAACCAAAGAGCCAAGCCAUUCGGAAGAAAAUGGUGGAAAUGGCUUGUUUUGACCGGCCUUUCGCUUGGAUGUGCCAUUUCCGUUAAGAUGGUUGGACUUUUUGUUAUUACUUUGGUUGGGAUUUACACCGUGGUCGAUCUAUGGAAUCUGCUUGGUGACAAGAAGGUUUCCAAGAAACAAUAUGUGGGCCACUGGUUAGCCCGUAUUGUAAGUCUCAUUAUAAUACCCUUUUUGGUGUUUUUGGCUUGCUUCAAAAUUCAUUUCGAUUUACUAUCCCACAGUGGUACCGGCGACGCUAACAUGCCUUCAUUGUUCCAGGCUGGCUUAAUCGGUACUGAUGUCGGUGAGGGCCCUCGUGAUGUAGCUCUGGGAUCUUCAUCCGUGAGUAUCAAAAACCAAGCUCUUGGCGGUGCUUUACUGCAUUCCCACGUCCAAGGGUACCCAGAGGGCUCGAACCAACAGCAAGUCACUUGCUAUGGGCAUAAGGACAGCAACAAUAACUGGACUUUUGACAGAGUGCGUCCGUUGCCUGCAUGGACUGAUGAAGAACAUGAUAUCGAAUUCAUCGAGCCAGGUGCUGCUUACAGAAUUGUUCAUCCAAACACUGGAAAAAACUUGCACACUCAUGAAAUCCCAGCUCCUUUGACAAAGUCUGCUUGGGAAGUGUCUGGCUAUGGUACCGCUACAGUCGGGGACGAAAAGGACCACUGGGUAGUAGAAGUUGUUGCUCAGCACGGUGCAGAGAAUUCGUCACGCUUGCAUCCCUUAACUUCUGCUGUCCGUUUCAGGAAUGCAGCAUUGGGCUGCUACCUAGCUCAGACUGGAAAUUCACUACCCGAAUGGGGGUUCAGACAGAGUGAAGUCGCCUGUUUAAAGAAUCCAUUCAGGAGAGACAAGAGAACUUGGUGGAACGUUGAAACUCACACCAAUGAUAAACUUCCAGAGAGACCUGCGGACUUCAAGUAUCCUAAACUAAGUUUUAUCAAAAACUUUAUCCAUUUGAACUUGGCAAUGAUGGCCACUAACAACGCUUUGGUUCCAGACCCAGACAAGUUGGACAACCUAGCGUCUUCCGCGUGGCAAUGGCCAUCAUUGAAUGUCGGUAUUAGACUCUGCGGUUGGGGUGAUGAAACUCCUAAAUAUUUCUUGAUGGGAUCCCCAGCCUCUACGUGGCCUUCGACAGUUGCUGUCUUCGGUUUCAUGGCCUUGAUUGUCAUUUUACUUUUGAGAUGGCAAAGACAGUAUGCGGAUUUGUCCAGUCCUCAAAGCCUGAACCUGUUCAUGAUGGGUGGAUUUUACCCUCUAUUGGGUUGGGGCCUACACUACGCUCCUUUUGUGAUUAUGAGCAGAGUUACUUACGUUCACCACUACCUGCCAGCUCUCUACUUUGCUCUAUUGAUCCUAUGCUAUCUUUUCGAAGUUGGGCUCAAUCAUUUUGGUAAAUCGAAAGCCGGAACAUUAUCCAAGACAUUAUUGUACACUUUUUACAGCGGUUUGGUGAUCUAUGGAUUCUAUUACUUCUCGCCUAUUUCCUUCGGGAUGGAGGGGCCAUCGAGUGACUAUUCCUACAUGAAUUGGUUCAAGUCUUGGACAAUUUCCUAA